GGUUUCCCAGCAUCCUGUAUACAAAAUGUCAGCGCCCACAACAAACCUCCCAUUUCCGUAUUUGUGUAUCUCAUAUUUCACGUUGGAAGUGAUGUAACCAAGCAAAGUGUAGUUGUCAGAUGUAAGGUGUAGAGACGUGUAUUUUGUCCAUGUUUGAAAGCCACUGUGCGAGUGUAUCAAAUGCCACUGGUAUCGGUGAUUGUCAUUGAAAUACUGUCAAAGUGAAUUUAUUAUCACACGAUUCAGAGGUUGGUACAAGUGGGCGGUUGACAUUUUCCCUACCAGUGUCGUGAAUGAGUAAAGAGCUGAAAAUGAAGGACCACACCGAAGAGAGAGAUUUUGUGUAUACUUUUCUGAGCAAGAACUUGAAGUCAACAGUGACAGUGCCAGUUACAAUUCCUCUAUCAACAUCUGUCAGUGAGUUUGUGGGCCGACUUGUCAGCGCACAUAACCUGCCUUGUUAUGUGGAAGAUGACCUGACAGCAGCCCUCACUGAGUUUGUUUCCAAGGAAACUCAAAAGCUGAGUGAUGCCAGAGCUGAUGAGGCUAUCCUGAAGGUCCAAACAGGGCAUGUGUCAUCUGCUGACCUUGCAAAGAGAUGGACAAAGGCUUUUACUCAGGAAGUGAAGGCAUACUCGACCCCGGUGGAGGUGACCAACGACCAGGUGUUCUCCGAGGUGUACCAUACCUUGAUCCACUCCCCCGCCCUGGAAACACUGCUCAACCUGGAACACACGUAUGCCCUGGCUGUCGAGGACCUGACGGACCAGCGUGACAAGGACCUGCAGCAUCUUGAUACCAUGCAGCAGGAAGACAUGGAACAGGCACUGAAGAAUGUUGGUGCAUCAUAUGCAGACGAGGACAUCAACACUCUCGCACAAAGACAUUUCGAGAAUACACAAUUGAUCAACAGCAAGUGGAUGAGUGAGCUGAGUAACGUCCACGAGACACAGAAGCGCGAGUAUCGGGACUGGGUGAUGAAGGUACACGAAGACUCAACCUCCAACAAUGGUGCUCCCGCCUACCAACAGAGACUGAGGAACAUGUCAACAGCGUUGCCUGCAGCAGAGGAGGAGGAGAGACAGGCGCCGUCUACCAGGCUUGAGGAGUCCUUCACCAUCCAUCUCGGGGCCCAGAUGAAAACCACCCAUAAUCUACGUCUGCUCUGCACGGAUGUCCUUGACCUUUGCAGGCACAGACCACACACAAUUGGCGGUGUGAUGAUCCCAGAGCCACAGCGGCUGCAGACAGCCAUGUCCCUGUACUCCGAUUCCCUGUGCGCCAUUAUCCUUCUAGUGGACAACAGGCUCAACUCCUUCACCGGGAUCAAGAGAGAUUUUGCUCGAGUAUGUGAACAGUCAACAGACUUCCAUUUCUCAGACAUGGACCAUCAGAUGCUUCUCAUUGAACAGGAAGUGACAAAGUGCAAUGACAUCCGUGUCAUGCGGAGAGCUGCGGAAGAGGUAGACAAGAUCAGCAUUAAAAGUACAGGCAGCAGCUCUAGUGAAGGCCAGGACAAGAUGCUGGGCAAUAAGCUGCAGAUGGGGGAUGUGUACAUCACUAAGCAUUCCAACCUGUCUGAAGUUCACACAGCGUUUCACCUUGUGUGUGAUGAUAGUGUACGCUCCACCGAUAUAACAUCUCGGCACCCCGUCAUCCUCAGCAUCAGGAACAUCAUCAAACUGUGCUUCCGCCACAACAUCGACACCCUCACUAUACCACUCCUACUUGCCCAUGAGAUGUCUGAGGAGAUGACUAUACCAUGGUGCAUGAAGCGGGCAGAGCUGCUGUUCAAGUGUGUCAAGGGAUUCAUGAUUGAGAUGGCCACCUACAGCAGUCAGCAGUCCCGCACAAUCCAGUUCCUGGUCCCCCAGGGCUUGUCGGAGGAAAUGUUCACCAACAUCAGCAGUAUGCUGCCAAGUAUAUUCCGUCUCUCCAACCCUCUUGUUGUCAAGUCAGGCCCUCACCACCACGCUACUUCUUAGUCCAACUCACCUAGUCAUCCAUGGUGUAGUCACAUCUACAGUCAACAACUCGCUACCUGAGUCCACAACACAAUCAUUGUCAGCUGUGGCGUCAACACUUGCUAUUCUACCUCACUGCUGCUGUGGCCAUCUUCAACACUAGUUAAAGAGCUCUUAUUCAGUAUGGAGGACCUCCCAGGGAAACUAAGGUUGCAUCAAGCAGUGAUUUGUAACGGUGGAUUAGCUGGGCAAAUCAUGGACAUGCUUCUCAGCAUCACAGAGUUCUGUAAGAGGUGACUAACGGGAUCGGGUGGUCAGGCUUACUGACUUGGUUGACACAUGUCAUCAUAUCCCAGUUGCGUAGAUCCAUGCUUGUGCGGUUGAUCACUGGAUUGUCUGGUCCAGACUCUAUUACAUGUAUUUACAUAUAGCUUUAAUAUUGCUGAGUGUGGCAUUAAACUAAACUCAGUCAAUCAAUCAAUCACAGAGUUGUCUUUUGCAUAGACGAGUGCCAAAAGUGAAGAUGAGAACCCUUUCUAACCAUAAUGGCUGCAUUAGGAAGUGAUACAGCACUGUCAGCCAUCACCUGAGAUCACUUAUUUGUACACAGAUUGUCAAGUUUGAUGCUCAGAGUGGUUUGCCUGUUCCAGGUACAGUACAAUUGCCACAGUGACUGUGGUGUACAUUUACACGUUCUGGCCUACUAAGGAUGUCAGUGGUCACUCCUGGAUAUUGUGCAAUAAUCUUACCAGUCUCCAGAACCAGAAUGGCGUUUAUACAAGACCUUAGUCUUUCUGAGCAUUUGAUGCUACCAUUAAUAUUGAUAUUGGUAUUAUCACAGGGUUUUCAGUUGUCUUCUCAAACUGAGUGAAUAUUGUUAACCAUAUAUUAUAUUUCAUAUCCAGUAAUUGAUUACAUCAGAAAGUAUUUUGUAAAAGAGAAAAAUGCAGGUCUGUAUGUUUGUAACUGAUGAAUAUAUUUGAAAUUCUUUGUGCAUUUUGUUGCCAUUCAUGAUUCAGAAUGUAUGUAUGAUUAAGAAAAAACAAUGUUGCUUUCAUUGCAUAAAGUGUUCAUUAGAAAAUAAAUGAAAUUGAUGGCAAA